GGAGGCGACGAGGCCCCGGCCCGGGGGUGGCGGCGGGGUCGGCGGAUGCGGGUACCCGGGACCGGAGCGCCACAAUACAGACUAAAAAGCCCUAUGUCUGCUUGUUUGCUGUAAUAAAUGAAUGCUGCCUCCCUGGGAUCAGUAGAUAUUUGCAGGGCAUGAGAUGAUCAAGAUUGAGCCCACAAACUUGGAAGUUUGGGAUUUAUAGAGAAGCAGGAUGUGGCAGCUGGGAGGAACUUGGCUUUGCAUCAAGAGUGAAUAUUGGGGGAAGGAGCUAUAGCUGAGUGAGACCGUUUAAGUGGCAACAUCUUACAGCCUUCGACUGCCAACGUUUGGCUCAGAGUCACUUGACUGUGACCCAACCCUUCAGUCAAAGAUGGACAAACAGAGAUCCGAACUAUGGUCUCUAUCCUAGACCCAGAACAAAGAGAGGGAGAAGGGGUCAAGGAUGUCAACAACACAGCACUGAAUUCUUCCUAGCUGGCCAGUGGCCAGGCACCAAUGACAUGGCCAAAAGCAAUUCUUUUGGCAAGGACAACUGUAAGGACUCUGAGGGCAAAGUGAUCUUUCCUGCAGAAAGCAGUUGUGCCCUGCCUCAGGAAGGUGAUGGGGAGGCCAGGUUGGACUCUUCAGGAUCUACUCUGCCUUCCAGGAAGCGGUCUCAGUCCUUUGAGGAAGAGAGUAAUCAAGCUACAGGGACCGGUCAGUGGGAAGGGGUUUCUAAGAAAACCCGCAGCCAUCAUUUGUCCCUGUCAUGCAUGAGGCCCAGGGAAGUCCGGCAAGAAGCAGAGAACUGUUUGUCCCAGCUCUCUGCUGGGUCUGGAGACACCAAGCAAGAAGUUGAGGACAUUGACCCAGAUCCUCUUCCUGACUCUUACUAUGGGCUUCUUGGGACCUUGCCCUGUCAGGAACCCCCGGGCCACAUUUGUAGCCUGCCUAGUGAAGUCCUCAGGCACAUCUUUGCUUUCCUCCCUGUGGAAGAUCUCUAUUGGAAUCUAAGCUUGGUGUGCCACCUUUGGUGGGAGAUCAUCAGUGAUCCACUGUUCAUUCCUUGGAAAAAGCUGUAUCAUCGCUAUCUGGUGAACGAGGAGCAAGCUGUCAGCAAAGUGGAUGGCAUCCUGUUGAACUAUGGCAUAGAAAAGGAGUCAGACUUGUGUGUGCUGAACCUCAUACGAUAUACAGCCACCACUAAGUGCUCCCCGAGUGUAAAUCCUGAAAGAGUGUUGUGGAGUUUGAGGGAUCAUCCCCUCCUUCCCAAGGCACAGUCAUGCAUGCGUCAACAUCUGCCCGAUCUGUAUCUUGCUGCUGGGGGUGUCAAUGUGUGGGCUUUGGUAGCAGCCAUUGUGCUCCUCUCCAACAGUGUGAGUGACAUCCAGCAGCUCCUCUUCUGCCUCAGAAGUCCCCGUUCCACAGUGACUGUGCCAGAUGUCAUCGAGACCUUAUACUGCAUAGCUGUGCUGCUCUACGCCAUGAGGGAGAAGGGAAUUAACAUCAGCAAUAGGAUCCACUACAACAUUUUUUAUUGCCUGUAUCUUCAGGAGAAUUCCUGUACUCAGGCCACAGAAAUUAAAGAGGGACCAUCUGUUUGGCCAGGCAAGAAAACCAACAUCCAACUUACACAUGAACAGCAGCUGAUUCUGAACCAUAAGAUGGAACCUCUCCAGGUGGUAAAAAUUAUGGCAUUUGCAGGCACCGGGAAGACCUCUACCCUGGUCAAGUAUGCUGAGAAGUGGUCUGAGAGCAGGUUUCUGUAUGUGACAUUCAACAAGAGCAUCGCAAAGCAGGCCGAGCUAGUCUUCCCCAGCAAUGUCAUCUGCAAAACCUUUCAUUCCAUGGCCUAUGGACACGUUGGGCGGAAGUACCAAUUAAAGAAGAAAUUGAAUCUCUUCAGGUUAACACCCUUCAUGGUCAAUUCUGUCCUUGCUGAAGGGAAAGCUGGAUUCAUAAGAGCUAAACUGGUAUGCAAGACUUUAGAAAACUUCUUUGCUUCUGCUGAUGAAGAACUGACUAUUGAUCAUGUGCCUAUUUGGUGUAAGAACAGCCAGGGACAGAGAGUCAUGGUAGAACAGAGUGAAAAACUGAAUGGUGUCCUCGAAGCAAGCAGACUUUGGGACAACAUGCAGAAGCUAGGGGAAUGCAAAGAAGAGGCUUACCAAAUGACUCAUGAUGGCUAUUUGAAACUCUGGCAGCUGAGCAAGCCUUUGCUUGCCUCUUUUGAUGCCAUCUUUGUGGAUGAGGCCCAGGACUGUACCCCAGCUAUCAUGAAUAUAGUUCUCUCUCAGCCAUGUGGAAAGAUCUUCGUAGGGGACCCACACCAGCAGAUCUAUACCUUCCGCGGAGCGGUCAAUGCCCUAUUUACAGUCCCACACACUCAUGUCUUCUAUCUCACCCAGAGUUUUAGAUUUGGUGUGGAAAUAGCUUACGUGGGAGCUACUAUCUUGGAUGUCUGCAAGAGAGUCAGGAAAAAGACUUUGGUCGGAGGAAGCCAUAAGAGUAGCAUCAGGGGCGAAGUCAGAGGUCAAGUGGCCCUGCUGUCACGGACCAAUGCCAAUGUGUUUGACGAGGCUGUCCGGGUGACUGACAGAGAAGAGCCUGCAAAGAUACAUUUGAUUGGGGGGAUUAAAUCAUUUGGAUUGGACAGAAUCAUUGAUAUUUGGAUCCUCCUUCAGUCAGAGGAAGACCGGAAGAAACAAAGCCUCGUUAUUAAAGACAAAUUUAUAAGAAGAUGGCUGCACAAAGAAGGCUUUAGUGGCUUCAAGAGGUAUGUGACUGCUGCUGAGGAUAAAGAGCUUGAAGCAAAGAUUGCAGUCGUUGAAAAGUAUAAUAUCAGGAUUCCAGAACUGGUGGAAAGGAUAGAAAGAUGCCAUAUCAAAGAUCGGGACUUCGCAGAGUACAUUUUGGGCACUGUGCACAAAGCCAAAGGCUUGGAGUUUGAUACUGUGCACGUUUUGGAUGAUUUUGUGAAAGUGCCUUGUGCCAGGCAUAAUCUUGCACAGCUCCCCCACUUCAGAGUCGAGUCAUUUUCUGAGGAUGAAUGGAAUUUACUGUACGUUGCAGUAACUCGUGCCAAGAAGCGCCUCAUCAUGACCAAAUCGUUGGAAAACAUUUUGACUUUGGCUGGGGAGUACUUCUUGCAAGCAGAGCUGACAAGUAAUGUUCUAAAAACAGGAGUGGUUCACUGCUGUGUGGGGCAGUGCAACAACGCCAUCCCCGUUGACACCGUCCUCACAAUGAAGAAACUCCCCAUCACUUACAGCAACAGGAAGGAGAACAAGGGUGGCUACCUGUGCCACUCCUGUGUGGAGCAACGUAUUGGGCCCUUGACUUUCCUCACGGCCACCCCAGAGCAGGUGCACGCCAUGGAACGCACCGUUGAAGAUAUAAUGCUGCCCAGACACGAGGCCCUGCUCUUCCUUGUCUUCUGAAAGCCCGGACGAGCAUUCUCCAUGCUGCAGAAUGCUUUGCUGUGCACUCCAAGUACUCAGAGAAGCCAGUGUGGGGUAGGGUUCCCGUUCUCCUGAGACUCUGAGUGCAUUCACAGAGCGGUCUUUGAGGAAGAGGAAACCAACCAGAGGUAGAUUUGCCAUUUCUCCAUUCCCUCUAGGUAGCCAGGUUCCACUUGCCCAUCCGCCAUAUGCAUCAGGUGUUUUUUUGAUAAAAAAACAAAACAAAACAUUUUAUGUAUUUAAACUUUUAUUACAAGGUUUCAAUUAAACCGGCGUUGCAGCACUGGCA